AUUGUGCUGCUGGUCAUCAAAUUUGAUCCAAUCCGAGUCGGUUUCGGCAGCGUCGCGUGAAUUUUAGUGAUCCAAGUUGAGGGGUGCGUAACUGAAAGUACGAUGACGUCCGAAGUCGAAGAGAUAUUCAAGAAGCUGAAAGACCAGGAGGGAGUCGUUGGAGUAGUGGUUACGACAUCUGAAGGAGCACCUAUCAAAACGUCAUUUGACAAUGUAACGACUAUGCAAUACGCUACCCUUGUCACACGACUGUGUGAACAGGCACGAAGCACUCUGCGGGACCUAGAACCUGGAAACGACUUGACAUUCCUCAGGAUGCGGACCAAGAAGCAUGAAAUUAUGAUAUCACCAGAUAAGAACUAUUGCUUGGUUGUGGUUCAAAAUCCAUCUGGAUGAAUAAAAGACAACAGAUAGAACCUUCAUGGGCUUUUCAGCUGUUAUUUAUUUAACCUAAUGGCCUAUGGGAUCAUAAUACAUUUCAUGUACCACAUCAUGCAUGAAAAAUUUGUGGACGAAUAAACAAGUCUUUAAAAGAUUU